AUUGCAACAGGCUUAUGUGGAGGAAGCGUUGUACUGGAAAUCUAAAGCUAGAAUCAAAUGGCUUCAAGCAGGUGAUAGAAACACCAAAUUUUUCCAAGCAUGUGUUAAGCAAAGAAGGGGGAUUAAUGCAGUUGAUAAUCUCCUGAACAACAGAGGGGUGAAGUGUAAAAGCAAAAGUGAAACUGUUGAGGUCAUAUCAGAUUAUUUCCAGAAAAUGUUUCAAUCAGAGAACCCUGUUUUUGUGGAAGAUGUGCUCAGUGGUAUUCAUGUUUCCAUUACUGCUGCUAUGAAUCUCAAACUCACUAGAACUGUGGAUGAGCAGGAAAUCAAAGCUGCUCU